AGUAAGUUACUUUCUUUUAUUCCAGCUACUCUACAGAGAGAUGUCAUCACAUACAUGAACGUGUUUCGGCAUUUGCACGCGGCUGGACCAUUGUUGGUUGAUGAUGUCAUCCAGAAAAACGCACAAAAUGCGGCCAUGUUGUUCAUGAAAGCCAAAAGCAAAGACAAUGUUCCAAUUUACAGAUACAGUGCCAACUUCUGCAAGUAUAAGGGAUCUGUAGUGGAUCUGGACAAAACGUGUGUUACAUCAUGGUACGUGUCGAUGAAGUAUUACGUUUGGUGUCAUCCAAAAGCCGAGGGGCAAGCUCUUCCAUUCGUGAACAUGAUUUGGAAAGCCAGCACUAAAGCAGGAGUAGGGAUAGCAAAAGACACAGAUGAAACAUAUUACGUGGUCGUGUAUAUUGCGCUACAGGAUGAAAAUAAUGUGUUGAGAAACGUGCCACCGGUAAAAAGUAAGUAUUUCUUAUUGCUUAUCGUAACUUCCAAGCUUUAAAAGCAGAUACUCGAUCUCAUUUGAUAAUGUAAACCAUCUUCGCUGGCCUUUCCUGAGAAAUGUUUGCUAUUCCGAAAGAAAAUUCUAGAGCAAUUUGUAAUAAUUAGUCCAGUUAGUGAAGAAAAUAACGGUUCAUAGGAAAGUUAAGGAAAUUGCACAAAAUGGAAAAGGGCCUGAGAGGGGAGAUGAAAGGAACAGCUAUUUGUUAUUUGCUUAAAUUGAUACACAUCGUUGAUAUUAUAAUAACGCAAACCCGUAAUUAUGGUUGUCUCUCACUUAGAGAGGUAAAGCAAUUUCACUCUAACGCAUAUCAGUUCUGACAUCUUUUUUAAACUAUCAUUUGCAGUCGUAAUGGAGGCAAGCCCAUUAGGUAAGAUCCUGCCAUGGUUGUCAACAACAACAAAAACGAAAAAGCAACGUUAUUUAUGUUUUGCUUGACUUGACUUGACUUGAUGAAAUUCUAAAUUAUUUUGCCUAUAUUUACAGCAAAAUGCCCUGCAGGUUACUCAAGAUAUGAAACGUCUUGUUUCAAAUAUGAGACGACUGCAGUAACCUGGGACGAAGCAGUGACACGCUGCGCAAGAGAAAAUGCGACUUUAGCCUCUAUCAGAAAUGCUAAAGAGGAAGAAUUUGUGAGAGGGUUGCAAAAGAAAACUGGGUCGGGAAUGGAGACUUGGAUUGGUAUGAAACAUUUAUCAUAUAAGGAGUUGAAUUCAUACCUGUAGUUUGUUUGAUUAUUCCAGCCAUGUUUCUUGGAAAAGAAAUUUCGGAAAAUAGCUGAUUCAAACAAUAAUUACGAGUGAAAACUAGUUAUCAAAGCAUCCUCUUCAUUAUUCUAACGAUGUCUAAUAUGCUAUCCACAAAAAAAAAAAAGACGGAACCUUUCCAACUUAACAUGUUUUGAAACAUUAAUUCAUAUUCCGUAGUUCAGGUAGAUUAUAUAUUAUAAGUCCCCUUCAAAUUUUUAACUUCAUUUCUAGAACUAGGCCCUAAGCGUGUAUUGGAAAAGGAGGAAGGAUAUGAUAGAGUAUAUUUAAUUCACUGUUCCUACUAGAGGAUAGGAUAAAUUAUGACAGAUCGACACUCAACAGGUUUACAUGAUAGUUUACACGAAGGUAGCUUUAAAUGGUUUGACGGACUGAAGUUCAAAAGUCACGUGUGUGUUCCGGUUCAUGCCGAUGGUGGAAACUUGGAAAAUUGUGUGGCAUGGAGCAUUCGCAAACCCAAAGGAUGCUGGGACGAUAGACCAUGCAACGAAAAAAGACCUUUUACAUGUAGGAUUCCCGUUGAAGGUAGAGUAAAGCUCAAUCAAUAUACAGCUCUAGAGUGGAUCAAGAGGGGGGGGGGGGAGGGGGUCUUUACUCUAAUUUUUGUAGCAUUUAUUUUUUUCUGUUCCUAUUUUCUUUUGUGACUUUUGUAAACUUAGGUGUUGACGGUAUACGUAUGAAGUAAGGCUUUACUUUCACGUCCACUUUUUGGCGCUGUCAUGAUAUGUUAUCUGCAUCUCACCUGUUAUAGGAGUGAGCAAAGUCACAUGAAUUCGUUGAAGUACAAAUAUUAACUUCACUUUAAUUACGCCGUAAAAUGUCUGGUUUUCAUUUCGAGUUUUUAUCGAUCGACACGUAAGUAUGAUUUAAAUCAUAGUUAAAAUUUACAGAAAAACGGAGAUAGUAUUAAUUAAAUGAAAUGGUUGCGGAGAGCCUAAACAUCAUUUUCUGUCGCUAUCAUCGCGUUAAAGCUUUAAGGGCGUAGCUCUCAACAUUUUAAACUUUAGGUGAGACACCUCGAAGAAUUACGAGGUCUAGAAAAUUUUAAAGAACCAUAGCUUAUACCAGAUGCUACCCUGAUCAAAAUAUACUCUCGUUUCCUGGCCUAAGAGCCAAGGAAACCCGUAUGCAUUAUCAAAUAAAGCAAGGGAUUUUUUUCGUUAAUUGUUUGAACAGGCAAAUCAACUUACAGAACUGAGGUCCUGUUCAAAAAAUUCCGCUGGAGAGCGAACUAUAAAGAUAAAAAUUCCAAGGCCUACAGAGAUCUGGUGAAUGGAAUCAAAAUAACGGUAUGGAAAUGGUUUAGUAAAUUUACACAUAUAAAUCACGAAACUCUCUGAUUAAACCAUGGUUACAAUAUAUUGUUCAUAAUCCUAACACUGGUUAAGUUUUAACUCUCUAUUUCAAACAUGGAUAUAAUUUUCUUUGCCAUUGUGUCCAGUUAGAUGCUUGGAUAUCAAACUAUACUUGAAAGAUUUUUCAGAUAUUUAAUGUGAGAAACCUCAACCUCUUGCCUAAGACCUAAGAUUCGUGGGGUUGACGCCGGUAAACCAGAGGUUAGCAUUUCAAUUAUUUCUGCUUUCAAUUUUAAGUUCAAAGAAAUCUUCACACGAAUGUCAGGGAAAAAGAAAGGUGGAUUCAGAAAAGUUAAAGUCAAAGGUGUCAGGUGAGUUAAUAUCCUGUCUUUCGCUUACUCUGUGUUCCUUAUUUGUAUCACUGAGUGACAAGUCUGAUUUUAACUGCAAAAAAAUAAUUUACAUGUAUGUUGCUGUCUUGUUCUGAAUUUUCUUUCUUCCUCUCACUUUAGGGCAAUAUCCUUCAAGGGAAGGUAAGUUCGUGUUCAUAUUGUAAAUAAAUUACAAAUGUACCCACUUACAUGGAUUAAGUUUUGUCUGUCCCUUUUCCUUUCAUGGAUCACUGAUUUUAUGCGUUGGCUGUCGUAAAUUAAAAACUGCACGACUCGAUGUAAAAAUUAAUAGCAUUUGCAGUGCAAGGUACUUCUGUACUAAUCAUGAUACCAAUUAAUUAUGGAUGAAAAUAUUAUUCAGUAAAAUGUUUCAAUUAUCUCCCAUUAGACCUGCAGGCUUAGGAAUUACGGUUUCAAUCAAGUUUAGAUCCUUCACCCCAGACCCCACUCUCCGGUUUCAGAAAUUUCUGCGUCCUUCGGAGAAACUUCUUAGUAUGACCAUUGACAGACCAGGUGAGACUUGAUUACAAAAAGAAAUCACUCCAGUUUGAAUAAGUUCUAUUAUUUUCAUUGUUGUUAUCACUAUUAGUAGUGUCACUUUUGUUAAUAUUAUGAAUAUAGUUAUCAAUGAGAAUUCUCAAUUUGAUGUUCAGAGCAAAAUGCAAAUUUCUAUGUCCUUCUUUUCGACAUCAUUUCAGUAAUUAUUCUUUUAAUAUCAUAAUUUUUCUUUGCACACUAGAUUACUUUAUUUAACUGUUAAUAGUCCAUUCUUGUAGACACUUUUUGCGCUACCAAAAUUUACUGUUUUCCUCUCUCACUUUGCAGACAAAGCGGAAGGACAUACAGGUAAUAUAACUUCAUAGUUGCUGAAAAACAUUAAAAAUGCACCGAUUCUCACCUUUUUUAUUGUCUUUUUUGGCAAGUUACGUAUCUUUCCUUGAGUGUAAUCAGUUAGACUUGGAAGCCAUAAUCACAACGUUCCUGAAAAUCGAACACAGUGUGCUUUGGUUAUAGAUACAAUUUCUUUUCACGCUGAACAAUUCGAAUGUCUUGUUUUGAUAUUCCGUUUUUUUUUAAGGCAAAGCAGGAGACUACUGCUAUGGUUCGUGUAAUAACCAUGGAAGAUGCACUUCCUCCCUUCACCCUUAUAAUUAUCACCUUGGGCUCCCUGCACCGGCAUACUCUGUGUACUACCCAGGGGUGCAGACCGUGACGGGCACCACAGACCCAUACCCUGCCAGCUGUCCAAUGACAUGCAGUCAGUAUCCAACAUUAGACUGCUACAUGCAGUGCAACGACGAAUGUUGUGAUAGCAGGGAAGGCAAAAGGGAUUGGAAGGCGAAGGCCAUCGAAGAUCUAAUGGAGAAACGAUUCCAAAAUCAGGAUCAACUUACUAGUGGUGAAAGAAAUCACACAAAGUUUGGAUCUAGUUAUUCAGAAGACAAAGAUCCAGAUUUGCAGCAUAACAAUGCUGAGUCACAUGAUAAAGGGGAUGUUUCAAAAAAUGUUAUCAAGAGUCUCAAGAAAAAGAUAAAAAGUCUUCAAAGGCUCUUGAAGAAAAAAUAUCAACCAGAUAAGCUCGAUUAUUUCGACGACAUUAACGAUUCUACUGAACCAAAAGAUGACCAUGUUAUCAAUUCUCUCAACAAAAAGGAACAGUCACAUGAUAAUGAUGAGGAAAACGAACUAGACGCAAUUGCACACGAUCUCAUUGAUGAUGAAAAUGAGCCAAGAGGCGUGCCUGUAGGCAACACACUCAAUAGGCCCGAGGUAGCAGAGAAAAAUAUCACAAACAAGGAAAUCACGUACAAUCAUGAAGAGAGCUUUGGUCAAAAGGAAAAGUCCAAGGGCAGUCUACAGGACGACGAUGGCAAUGAAGACAUCAGCCUUGAAAAUCAAGGCGAAAAAAUUGGCAUUCAAGGGGACAGCACUGGCAAUCCAGGUGACAGCAUUGAAACAAAAGAAAAUAGAACUGGACAGCAUGAUAGUAAAAGUGGCUUUACCAAAACUUAUAAAACAUCACAUCUCGAAUAUCAAAACGAUUACAUGGUGAAAGAAAGAGAAAACGCCGUGAAAACGAUUCAACACGCAAAUAUCUCAGUUGAAGAAGAACCUAUUAACAAAGGGAAGACAGCGAAGCAACACGACCCCAUUAAUGUCUACGAACCUGGAAAUAGAAUGAUUGAGGAGAGCACUGAUGAGGAAGGAGAAGGUGACAAUUCUGAAAACGAACCACCAGCUGAACAAGGACUUUUGAGUUUGCAAGAUUCUGCAUUAGACCCAACUGAAGAAAUAUUGGAUGAAGAGGGAAUUGAUGAUGUUGGUAACUUUGGCAGGAAGAGAAAUUUUAUUCACAGGACAAAGUCAAGCCACUCUGAUAAAUAA